AUGGGUGUAAUGUACACUUGGCCAUCUUCUACCCUGAAUCUCUUUAGUUCUGCAAACACAACACUUGAUAGGGUGAUGACGGAAAAUGAAAUAUCGUUAUUGGGCAGCAUAUCCUCUAUAAGUGCGAUUAUUAUCACUCCAUUCUGUGGUUAUCUGUUGGACACUUUGGGACGGAAACGCUCAUGUAUUCUUUUCUAUAUGGCACAAGUUGCAUGCUGGGUAAUUAUAGUAAUGUGCAAUAAAGUAGAGGCGGUGUUAUUUGCCAUGUUUCUGUCUGGACUGACGGGUUGUAUGAUGCUGAUAGUUCCUGUAUACGUUAGCGAGUUCUGCCAAGAAUCUAUACGAGGGUCCAUGACGUCUGGCUCAAUGAUUUUUUAUGGUAUUGGGAUGCUAGUAUCUUAUCUCCUCGGAGGACUCUUAGAGUAUAAGAUGAUGAACUACGUUUCAUUAACUUUGACUAUCAUUGGCUUGACGCUGCUGUGCUUUAUGAAGGAUUCUCCUAUGUUUUUGGUCAAAUCUGGUCAGCUAAAGAAAGCUGCACAAUCAAUAGCAUUUUACAGAGGUCUUAAAAUAGAUUCUAAAGAACUGAGAAGAGAAAUGGAAAAUAUCAAAAAUUUACUUAACGAAGAACCAAAUUGUAAUGAGAUACCUCAAGAGGAAAAAGGCUUACACUCAGAUGAAAAUCCGAAACAGAAGAUUUCCCAAUGGAAAUAUUUGAAAAAGUCUCGUUCAACUCAACGCGCAUUAGUUGUAUGUAUAGUUCUCUACACUGCAAGUAUAUUUCAAGGAUUAAUUGUGGUGCAAGUCUUUGCGGUGCCUUUGUUUAAAGAAGCCGUUCCGACAAUUUCAACAACUUUGUCAAGUGUCAUAUUCGCAAUCGUAUCAGUGAUUUCUGGCUUUUUUGGGGCGUAUUUCAUCGACUGGUUUGGAAGACGACCCCUCAUGAUCUACGGAUCUAUUGCUACUGGUUUAUCUUGCCUGGUGCUCGGACUGCAAAUACAACUAAACUGGGGACCGACCUGGCUGACUGCAGUGCUUAUAAACUUAUAUUGUGUCGCUUACACCUUCGGGGCGGGUACCGUACCGUAUGUUAUAGUCGCCGAAGUAUUUAUGCCAGAGAUAAAAAGCUUAGCAUCUAUGGUUUCAACAGAAUGGCUAUUCUUCUGUGGUUUCGUCAUUUUAUACAUUUUCAACCCACUCGUUAGUGCACUAGGUCUCGGUCCAGUCUUUUAUAUAUUUGCAGCGUUUUGCUUCUUCUCAGCAAUAUUUAGUCAUUUCUUCUUGCCAGAAACUAAAGGGUUGCCAGUGAAUCUGACAGCUGUAGAUAAUGACAUGGAAACCACCGGUAUAACAGAACAUGAGAUACAGAAGACGAAAAUAACUGAAUUAAGUCUAAUUGCUGUCGAAAGGAAACAUCUAGUUGCUACUCGCAAUGGAUUAAUGCCUCGUGUACAAAAUAAAAUCACUCUUUGUUUAAAUCCUCAGAAACUGAUUUUACCAGGGCCUGUCUGCUUGAUAGCUCAUAAUGGGCUAUAUUAUGAUUUUCCUAUAUUAAAAUCUCACCUAGAAAAGAUAGGUGCUAAAUUUUCUGUAGAUCUUCUAUGUUCAGACAGCCUUUAUGCCUUUUAUGAAAUAAUGGAAAAUACAAAAAUAAAAUGGAACAAUGAAAUUAUAGAAACAAUUGAUUUAGUUGAUGAUGAUGAAGAUGAUAUUCAAAGUCUAAAUGAGAAAACACCAAAAAAAUAUCAAAUUAUUGAAAAUAAAACUCCUAACAAACUAAAUCCAAACACUCCAUCUAGAAUGCUACAAGGACGAAUGUGGUUUAACAAUAAACCAAAGGAGUCAUAUAAAUUGAAGAAUAUCUAUAAAAGACUGUUAGAUCGAAGCCCUAGGGAAGCACAUAGAGCUGAAAAUGACUGCUUAAUGAUGCUCGAGUGCUCUGUAGCUCUAUCCAAAGAUUUUGUACAGUGGGUGGAUAAAAAUAAUUGUAGGUUCUCUGAUAUAGAACCUAUGUCUAAAGAACUAAGAAGUAAGUACCAAAGUUGUUUU